GCUCACCUGCUUUCAUCUUGUGUCCUGGAGCAAGUCGAUCUUUGGCCGCCCGGUUCUCCGUGGUGGCCCAAUGGAGAGCUUCCAUUUCUCGUUGCGUUGGUGGUUUAUUCGUCUUCUUUGCGGCGGUAUCUACAAACAAGAUUCUGAAGUUGUUUGGCUUUUUGUUUGGGCGUGAGGUUCUUGUAGUUUGGAAGAAUCGCUGUCGAAGACGCCAUGAUGAAAAUGCCUUAUGUUGUUUGUUUUAUGAGUAUGUUACGACUGACUCCCUCUUGGAGUCGAACUUGGAGUGA